AACCUCUUAGAAAUUAUCGAAUAGGUAGUUUAAGGAACUAGCAUUGUUUGCUAUGUGAAAAUCAAAAUUUGAAUAACAAUGCGGACAUCCUUAUGUGUUGCAUAACAAUUCAGGUUCACCGGUAUAGAUGUAAAAACUCCACUUAAAAAAUUUGUGACAUCGAUGCAAAUAGGAGAAACACAAAUGAAAAAAAAACAGACCAAAUUGUAUUAGUUUUACAUCACUGUCGUAAUUUUGAAGUUAUGCUAAUCUCUUUGAUUUAGAAUCAUGAUAACCAGUUUCUUGUGGUAAUAAUUAUGAAGACAAAAAAAAAUCUAUUUAGCAUAUAAUUGACACACAAAUUUUGGUAUAAUAAUCAGGCUCCAGCAAAGAUUAUGAUAAACUGAUUCAGCAUAUUUGAAUUGCUUUACGUUUGCGGUUUCUUUGUGAAUAUCAUGGUUUUUCCAUUUUUUUUCAAAUUAGAAGACAAGGAAUUGCCUUGUCUUAAGGUGACCGCUGAAUGUAUUGGCCAACUUUUAACACGAGAGCAUUUCUCACAACACUGUGAGUGACGCUAAUUAGAAUAGUCAAUCAGAAUAACCCGGAGAACUGAUAAACACACCGUCGACCUUCAUUGAAAAAAAAAUUAUCUGAUUAUAGAACUAGUUGAAAUACUAAUUAGAUCAUUGACUGAAGAUUGCGAUUAGAUAAACAAAAUUUACCAGCAGGUGCAAAACUUUGAUGAUAUUUAAUUUGUCCCUUUUAUUUGUGUCAUGUUUGGCGACGCAUAAGUAUGUCUUCGUUGAAAACCGUGCCAUGCUAAAAUUAAAUUGAGGAAUAGAACAAGAUUGACUUACGGUCAGUGACUUGAGUUAUUUCUUUGUACUUUUUGGAGUAAAAUAAGAUGUUGCUACGUAGGUGUGAAAUCGUAAAACCGUUGACUCAUUAUUACUAUUAUGAUGGGUUUGACGAUUGACUAAAGAGGUCGACAACUUGUCUGAUUUAUUUUACACGGUUUUUCUUUGCGAAAUUACUCUCACUGCUCACAUGAAAGAUAUACCUGUACGCAACCUUGAAUUUGUAAUGAACCGGAGGACCUUGAAAUCAGCACACUAUUUUGCGUUUCUGUUAUUUUGAAACAAUCGAAAGUUCAAAAUGCAGACGAAAAUUUUGUAUCUCUAAUUUGCGAUGUGUCAAAUCGAUCUAAUUUUUAAUUGAAUAGAGUUAUAAAAGGGAUAAUUAUGCCGCCGAAAAGUAAAUCGAAAGUUCCUCCGCUCUCCCCAGAAGAAGUUUUGGAAAGGAAACAAGCCCGCAAGGCUAAGGCGCUGGAAAAAAAAGCCGCAAAAGUUCAGGCAGCUGAAGACAGAUCAAACUUUUUGAAAAUGGAGCGCCUGGGAAAAGAAGUGGACCGAGGUAUUCUUAACACAAAACGAUUCUCCAAAAGCUGGAGGGAAAUUGCAAUGAGAGCAAAUUUCCCACACAUCAAAGAAGACCUAGAAGUUGCCUGGCAUAAUUUCGACAGAGCUUUGGACAGCAAAAACUAUAGCAUAAGCCUCAUGCUCGAUGAGUUGGACAAAGCCAACGAGCAGUACCAAGUUAACGAGCGUUUUCACCAAGAGUUGAUAAGUCGUUUAAUAGGCACGUACAGAGAACGUCUUUUUGCUGCUGAUAAAUAUUUCCAAAGUGAAGUUCAAGAGAUGGCGAUAGGAACUUUGAAAGAAACCGAAACAAUUUUGAAAAAACAAACGACCGACGAGAAUUUUCUGCAGGUAAUGAUGUUCGCCAUGGAACAGCAGCUUGUGGCAUUGAUGAAGAACGUCAAAGGUUCAACGAUAAGUAAGGUGGGCGAACUCGAGGACGAUAAUAGGAAUCUGAGGAGAGUAGCAAAAUUUUUGUUGGAAAAGAAGUUUCGCCUCCUGUGGGAUGAAUUCAUGGAUAAUUUGAGCAGAUAUCAAAAUGAGACGGAGGAUCUUUGUAGGAAGUAUAACGUAGUAAAGGAGAAAGAUGACAAAGCACGAAGAGUGAUCGUACAGCAGUUGAACAAGACAAGUAAUUUGUUUGAAUCGAUUCAAAAAUACAAGGAAAAGAUAUUAACAUAUAAAUUGGAGGCCACUAAGGAGAUUUCGGAGAUUCAAGCAGAGUAUGAUCUGUUCAACAAGUUGUAUUGGACGGUGAAGACUCGUUUUCUGGCCGAGCAAGCAAAGGACAAGGAACAGCUAAAGAUAAUAACAAAGGAGUACAAAAGUGCUGUUAUUCAUUUGAAAAAAAUUCUGGACAAAGGGGAUAAUCUAUUAAGUUUAAUUCAAAUUUGCAAGAAGUAUGAAACCCUCGAAGAAAAACUUCACCGAUUCAAACCGCAAGAGCGCAUAGAAGGUCACAACGAUAAUUUGGCUAUAGAUUUUGCGUGGGAUCGAAGUCGUGCGGUGAUGGAAGAAGUUAAAAACCUUGAAUUAUUCUGGCGUCGGGUCGGCUCGGCGGAGUUAGUCGCAAAAAAAUUGCGCUCUGAACGCGACACAUUGAGGAGGGAGAACGAGUACCUGAAAAAAUGCCUCGAGCAGUGUUUAACGGAAAGUUCAUUGGCCCCGGAAACGACUCAUAAGAUGAUUCGGGGACUGGAUCGGAACUCGUACGAAAAAUGUCGUCUCAUCUGUGCGGAGGAAAACGGGGAGUGAAUUUAAUUUUACGUGGUGAAAAUUUAGGGCGAGAAAGAUCUGAAAAUGAAUGAUUUUUGGGGAAAAAAAGUGAAUUCAACUUUCA